CCGACAGUAGAAUCUUGUGCAGUUGAAAGGCGGUCCCCUACGCCGCUAUGAAUCGCUAUUUAAAAAAUAAAUUUACAUUCGCGCUCGCGAACUAAAUCACGAUUCAUCGAAAUAACUGGGCGUACUGCGUGAUUUAUAUUUUUAAAUUUAUUAUUAUUAUUAUAAAAGUUGGUUUUGUAGCGAAAUUAUUUUGUUAAAGUAUAAAGGGAAUAGAAAACAGAGUUCCUAAAGGUGUUUGGGAUAAACUAGCGAGAUUAUCUCGUAACUGAGAAGCAAUUUGCGGCAAAGGGGCGGGCGGUUCACUCCACAGUCGCGCGCGCGCCGCUUGCAGCGAUGUGGGGCAUUGUUUUGCUCAUCUUCUUCGUCGCAGGCAGCCGGCAAAUAUCGAUAACAGAGUUUUCAGUGCCUGAUUCAAUAGAAUCGGGAGGAGAUGCUCCAUUGCAGUGUGGAUAUGAAUUGAGUUGGAAUGAGACCGUGCAUGAUUUGACAGUCAAAUGGUGGUUCACGCCCUUAGGGGAAUCUGUUGACAAACGAAUCCAGCUUUAUCAAAGGAUAGUGGGACAUCCGCCUGAGUCAAUUAAACUUGACAUUGAGAUAAAGGGGAGUGAUGACAUCCUACUUCAAAAUGUAACACCAGAGAGUUCGGGGACCUAUGAAUGUGAAGUGUCAGCACUAGAAGAUGAAAAGCGGCAGCGUGACGAUCUCAUCGUGUUCUCAAAGGGCGAGCUGUGGCUCAACGUCACCGAGGUGGAGGACGGGCCUGACGAGGAUGAUGAUAAAGACGUGCUCGUCACCUGCGAGGCGACGGAUGUGGCGCCCUUCCCGGUCCUCGUCAUAUCUGUUAAUGAGGAGGUUGUAAUCACCAACGACACGCUAGUGUUAGAGCAAGACAACAACACGUUCAACGCGACCAAUACCGUGACGCUGAGCAGAGAGCGCGCGGACGGCGCGGAGAUCGCCUGCGAGCUGUUCUGGAACACCACGCACGAGCCGUACAAAGUUACAGAAACUUAUAAUGUCGGUUCCACGGCGCUGUCCACCACGGAGGACUUCGAAGACGCAACCACUACCGAAGCCACCCCCGGCAAUAGGGCCAACGGGACGAGCUCCAGUCUACUUCUAGUCAUCUUAGCAAUUUUGUGUAAUAUUUUCUAUAUAAAAAAGUAAACCAUUGUAUGUGAUACUAAUAUAAAUAAAUUUAUUUUAUUAAAUA